GUAUUUCUUGCACCAUAUAGAGGAGUAUGAAGUAAGCUAUAGCAUCCAUAAAAUAUAAAUGAAAUAUACUUAUGUUAUCUUAAACCACUAAUAUGCAAAACAUAGACUUUAAUGAAUAAGUGGAGCAUGCAAAAAGAAAAUGGGAUGUAUGAUAAUAAAUCCUCCAUAGUGUGAUCUUAUUGGUCCUCCUGUUGUUGAUAUGUCCUCUGACCUUUAGGGUUUGUGUUACAGAGGACCACAGCCGUCACUCUGACACCAUUAAUCAUCCUACAUGACUUUAUAGCUGCAGUCGCCUCUAAGGUCAGCAGUGAUAGAUUUCCGGCUCAAAAGGCCAAGUCGCAAAGGUUAAAUUAUCCCCGGAAUAAAGAGGAGUGUGAAGAGGGAGCAGGAACCAGGCGCACGGGGCACGGAUAGAGUUUCUCCCGACAGUAGAUUAAACUCAUGGUGAUCGCCGAGUGUGUUCCGCGGUCGCUGGCCGGCGUCGUGUUACCUUCCUCGGGGCACCAUGGGCUCGUAAGAUGCCUUCGCUGUGGAAACGGAUAACGUUCUCGGUGGCCUCGGUGCUCUGUGUCCUCUCGGUGGUCCUCCUGGUAGUGGCCCUGUCCACGGAGCGGUGGGUCACCGGGCGCAUCCUGUGUAAAACCGGGGCGGAGAUAGUGAACGCGUCUAACCCGGAGCUGGACAAGUUCACUGGGGAUAUUUACUACGGUUUGUUCCAGGGAGGAAAGGCCAAGAGGUGUGGGCUCGGAAAAAGGCGCUCCAAAAUAUACAUAUUCCCAAAGCUUGUGCGGACGUUGAACAGUGGCCUUCACAUGAUGGUGAUCCUCUUCCUGCUGGUGGCCAUGGGCUUUGCAUUUGUCAGUCUGUCUUUCUGUAUUUACAAUGCACGCAAGGUUCCCUACCAGAGCAUGAAAGGGCACAAAGGACUCUACCUGUGGAACUUCAUCGCUGCUCUUUUCGGUGCCCUGGCCUUGCUGUGUUUCCUGGCAGCUGUGAGGCAUCACCGUCUGACCGAGCGGGUGGCCAAUUAUCGCGAGAACCUCUUCGUUCUCAUUGUCCUGGACGACAGCCUGGACUUGUCUUUCUGGUUGGGUGUUGGCAGCAUUGCGACUCACUUUGCUGUCUGUGGAGUCGUUGCCAUGAGCCGGAUCAAACUUCCCAAACCAGAAAUUAAGAAACCUGAAGAACCCACCAUCUCUUCUCUGGACCUGCUGUACUGAAGGAAGGAGUGUUGUUGGUCACAUUUACAUCAAUGAUGAUUCUCAAGAGCAAACCAUAAUGACUGACUGUAGAAUGAAACCAACACUGUGCCAGAGCCCCUUUCCUUUUACGUGAUGUCAUUUUUAUGUAGAUUCUCACUUGACAAAUCAUUGUCCAGUGUUAUAUAUUUAUGUAUUUGUUUAGUUAUUUUACUUACUUAAACAAAUGACUUGAUUUACUCAGGGGCCCUGGGACCAAAAUGAGCUCUUGGUCCUCCAUAAACCACUAGUUCCUCUCACUCUCAGUUUAAUAUGCACAGUUUCUACAUGUUACAGUACAGAAGGCCCCAGAUCUGCUGUGUGGUACUUUGAUAAAAUUAUUUUGAAAUAUUUUACUUAUAAGAAUGAAAAAAAACUGGAAAACUAGAUUUUGAUAAAGGCCCAUAUCAAAAGUAUCAGAAAUUAAACAUUAAAAUAGUAGUAGUUAGCACUGUGUGUUGUCUCCAGGUAACUUCUGACUCUAGAUUGGGAUUUUGGCAAUAUGGGAUUCACUAUCUUGCCGAAUGACACUUGCUGGGCAUUAGUGCAUUAUUAGCUACAGAAGACAAUAAUAUAAAUAAAUACAAGGGUUAUAAAAACCAGAGCAUGAAAAUGACCAAAGCAAAACAGACACUCACUCAUAGUUUCACUGAUAACAGGAUUAGAGAAAAGGCUGAGGCACAAACAGCAGAUCUUCAGGCAGUUCAUUGGACUUCUGUAUAUAUUUGUUGCUCUGGAGGAGUUGAAUGAGUGCAAAGAUCAUCCAGCAUAUCAAACUUGCCUUUUGUGUUCUGACCUCCUGUGCUGUAUAUAAUCUGUCUAUAGCUACAAUAUGUAAAUACACCAUUAUGUUUUUCAUUAUAUGUAUAUAAUAUCAUUAACAGUCUUUAGUGUCUCCUUUGUUUUUCGAUCCACAAUAGACAGUGUGAAAAUAUUAAUGAAUUAUGAGUUGUGGGCUUCUGUAAUAAACAUAUGAUCUUCCAUAAACAGAAAGAGACAAAGUAAUCAUCAUUUUAUUUUUAUUCACUUUAACUUGGUCAUAAAAAGUUCAUUGCCUGAAGAUUUUUCUCUUUUGAAGGUCAAAAUAUAAAUGAUUUUAUACAUGUUGAAAAAAAGUCAUCAUUAAAAGACUUUUAUGACUAAUUAGAUUGGGUAUAAUCUUUGAGUUGGCUGCAUGAUUAAUAUCUUUCCUUGUCCUGUCAGGGAGGGAACCUAAAACACUUUACUCCACGACUUCAAUUAAAAAGUUAAUUGGAAAGCAUGUUUCUUCUUUGUGUGUGUUUUUAUUUUUAUCUGAAGUUUUGUCUUGGCUCUUUUAUUUGUUUGCUAAGGUAAUUUAAUAUUGUCUACCCUAAACUUAUAAA